GUAAUAAACCCUUUAUAAUCUUGUAUGACUCUUCUUAUCAAUCUGUUAUCAGGUUUAAACAGUUUGAUAAUAGAGAGGAUGAUACACAGUCAGGCAUAAAUUGUUGCAACAAAAGAAACAUAACAAACAGACUUACUUAUUUUCUUAACGUUGGAUGAACAAAAGGAGAUGAAAAAUAAUCACAUAGCAACAAGAUAGUCCAUGGUAAUCAACUUGCAGUAUUUUAUUUACUCAUUAGAUGUCGUAGCUCUGACUGACUGAAAGGUGUUUCUCGAAUACUCGAUGGUGAGGUUCAAAGCCGACCACAUCAUCUGUCAUCGUGCCCCUCCCUCCACAGGUGUUAAGUGUGAUAUAACAACCAAUUGCAAUUCAGCGCAUAUUUUACUUAAAAGUAAAGCUAUUACAGUUCUCAUAAACACACUUCCAGCUAGUCAUUUGACAAUUAUUUUGAUUUUUAUAAUUCCUUACAGGACUUUCGUAUGUGGUUGUGUUAACUUAAGUCACCUGAUCCUCUGGGAUGCAGUGCUCCAGACAUGCAAAAAUUGUCUCAAUAUAUUUAAAUAUCCGUGGCUUUGGCUGGUAGUUUGCCAGGUGAAGACUGAAUCUGUUUCCGAAAUUUAAAAAAACAGGCAAAAUAUCAAGGCAACUGCACCUGCUGAAUGAAGCAGAGCCAGUGAGAACCACUGGGAAUAAAAGAAACUGGGCUUUACUCAAAUAUUCACAGAUGCAAAGCAUUUUCCUGCAGUUGUUUUAAUUUUAACAAUAGUAGGUGGACAAAUGGUCCUUCAUUAUUUAAAAGUAGUUUGUAAAUGUUAGAUCCAUUCAAUGACUAAACGGUUUCCUUUGUACUACUGUGAGUAUGCAGUUAAACUUACAGGAAGUCUGUCGAUCUGGUGUUGCACAGGAACAUAUUACAGCAGAGCAGAAGGGCAGCGCGUGCAGGAAGUAAGUCACGGAAGAAGACCUGCAACAAAAUCUAAAAUAGGAAGAGAUCAUUAAGUCUGUUGCUGUGUCUUUUGCUUCCUCACACUCACCGGACAAUCGCAACACUGAGAUACUUAAUCACUGCGUUCGACCGUGUUGACAAUGCAAGAUAUUCUGCUGCGAGUGCUACUGGUCGCUCUGGGUCUACUAACGUAUCCGAGGGACAAGCCCGGGGUUGAGGAAUUGGAUGAGAUCACCACCAAUGGCAUGCAAAAGCAUGAAGAGAGGCUGUUGUUGGGAGGAGAGGAACUGGGCCUCAAAAUGGCUGCUGUCAAAGAGGAACUGACACAUACUGACAAGACAAGACUUUCUCAGGAUGAUACAGAAAACCUUCAGUCUGAUCAGCAUGGGGUUGGAAACGUUUUUAAAAGUGUGACUGUCAGCCAUCAAGAUUCAGAGGGAGAGGUUGUUGAUGAAAACUCAUCAGAAAGAGAACAUGAUUUCGAAAACUCCGAUCCAAGCUUGCCUCAAAGCUCCAAAAGUGACCCUGAGACUACUUUGAAGACUCCACAAAUUGAAUGUGAGCAAAAUGGAAACGUACAGCUGGUCAAGAACAGUGAACAGGGAGAAGACAGACAGACGGAUGACGCUUUUGGAGACCCGAGCAAACCACAAGGGCAACAAAAGAAUCCUGAAGAGAAUGAGAUGUUCGGUCCCAAAGAACAAGAAUCGGCUCCGUCACACCUUCACGCCAUGACACAAGAAAAUGAAGCCUCAGAGGACACUGGUGACUGGGAGGAGGGUUAUCUCUGGUACAUAUGGAACGCACUCUCCAUCGUUUCCAUGGUCCGCUUAAUCAGGAAAUACCUAGAAAAACCAUCCCAUACGAAACAAGUAGAAACCAAGGCCUUCCCAGUUAUCUGCACCACUGCUGAAGUGCUGCUACCAGACAAUGAGACUCUGCAGAAAUUUCAUUCUAAAUGCUUUGAAGUCUCAUCAGAUAAGAAGUGGGAGGAAUUCUUGGAGGGGUUUAUGAAGGAUUUGUUUGCAGUCAUGAGGACCAUCUGUCAUAGCAAUGGUGGUAUGGUGAUAGAGGACUUUCAGAUAGGGGACGCGUGCAACAUCAUCGUCCCCAUCAACCCACCCCAUCCAUACAGAUUCCAGUGUCGGCUGUGGAGCGAUGAGCCGAGUGACGUGCUGCCUUACAUGCAAGUCUGUGGUCAAAUCAAACUGGUGGAAAAUGAGAAAAUCCCAAAUGGCUGCCAUUGUCAGUCUCCCGAUUCAGAAGACAUGGUGUGCUUGCUGCAUUCUGAGACUGAGAGUAUGCAGACAAAAAUGACUGACGUUCGUGAUGUCCUCCUUUGCACAAAUAACUCUCCAUUCCUUUCAAAAUUGCAGGUUACCAAAUGGUUUCAGAGCAUUAUCAAACAAGCAUGGGAUCAGAUUUCACAUAAGUAUGAGUUUGAGCUCAACAUUCCCUACGUUAACGCUCCAGGUGCUCUGAUAGUUCGUUUCAGAUCAGGGAAGAAGAUUAGCUUCACUCUGCGUCCUGUGGUUAAAGUCAACAGUGAGGCCCAUUUAUUCAUUAGCCAUUGCUCCCCGAACAACGUAGAUGCUUUGUGGACACUCUGCCUCACCUCCUAUGAAGAAAACUUGUUGGAGCACAUCUCUAAACGCUUGCAUCUAAACUCAUGCCACAGACAAACUCUCGAAAUUGCACUUUUUCUUCACAAGAGACAGACAGCUCUGUCAGGCAGCAGUGCUCUCAAGGAUUUUCAUUUCAAAGCUGCGCUAAUGCAUUUGCUUUUAACCAAAGAUGCAUCGCAAUGGAAACCCAACCUCAUGGACUGUAGGCUACGGGACCUACUGGCCUUCAUGGAGAAAAGCCUAAAGAAAAAACUGCUGCACCAUGUUCUUAUUGGGAACCCUUUAAGACAGAAAAUUAUUGAACUUCCUGCUGAAUUUAACCAUGCAAAGAAGGUGAAUCUCUUCCAUCCCCUUGUGGUCCACAACUGUAUGUACAAAAAUGCUGUGAUGCAUUUUCAGGAAAUGCUUAGAAAUGCAUGCCUAUUGAUACAUGAUUAUGUUGAUUAACUUAACUGUGCUGUUUAUAUUCUGUUUUUAAACUACAGGUACAAAAGAAGUCUAGAUACUCUCCCAAAUUGGGGUCUUCUAAACGUUGUCGUUGUUGCUGAAAUUAACCAGUGAGAGGAGAUCAUAUUCCUAGAAGUUAUUGAAAUCGGUCUACUUUAAAGCUACUCCUUUACAAAAAAGAUUCAGCUAAUGAUUUACAUCACAAGACUGCCACAUUGCCAAAAAAAGAAUAAUCCCUUUGAAUUGGCAUCAACAUUGUCUGCAGCUGCUCAUGAAUUAAUGCUACAGUUUAAGAUCACAUGUAACCAUUCAAGCGCAUAAACAGUUGGGUUAUGUUGGUUUCCUGUUUUAUUUAGUAUUUAGUAUUUUGUUUUAGAAAUUGUUUUUUUUCAUGAUUAAAUCUUCAUGUAUUA